CCCUGUUAUCUACCUGCUCUAUGUCUGCUUCUGAGUUUCCCACAUAGACCUGAACAAAAGAUGUUGUCACGAAAUCUUUUAAUUGCGUCUGCAGUUGUCUUCUUGGCUACUACGGUUUCAACAGCUCCAGUUGAAGAGAAAGAACCUGAGGAGACCGAGGUCGAGACAGAUGACGGGGAAGAGGAGGUGUCUGAGGAGGACGCGGAUGAUGAUGAUGACUCCAGGAGUCAGGAUUUGAAUAAGGGCACUGGAGCGCAGCAUGCUACUACAGUAUCAAAAGACCAGGGUGCAACUCCUCGCCCUGGCAUUUUUGUGGGCGAAUCUUCAAACGGUCAGAAACAGACGGCAGAUGGAGCUGCCCAUUUGGGCCAGGACGCAUUAAUCAGUUCUUCUGCAGCUGGAGGAGUUCAUGGGGACACCGGGAGUGAUCCACACUCCCACUCUUCUGAUCCAAGUUCUCAUGUCUCCACAGUCAAUGGAGGAGGUUCAACUUCAGAGACGGAUACUGCAGAAACAUUGGAGGUAGACACUCCAGAAUUGUAUCCUGUGAUGUCAUCAGGUCCAGGGGAUCAUGGGAGUUCGGUGUCACAGGUCCAUGCUGAUUCUCACCCAAGCACUAUGUCCCAUGACUCAGCCAGCUCAGGCAGGGGUGACUCGGUUUCAGUGCAUUCCCAGGACCACUCACAGUCUGAUCCUGCAGGUGAUCCCUUCCGUGACAGCUCUCAAAUUGAGGCACCAGGGUCUUCAUUAGUAGGCUCAGAGGUCCCUGAAACAGAGAAUAAUGGUGUGUACUUUUCUUUUUUAUCUUUUUCUUCUUCUUUCUUCUGCCAUUGGACUCUAUUGCAACCCCUAGAACCGUAUGGUAAAAAUGUUUGAAACUUGGCACACUGAAUGUGGACAGUCCUCUGACUCUUUUCACUGAGUUUCAUGUCUGCGCUUGAGCACUCUAGCGCCACCAAUGGGUCAACGUUAGAAGUGUGUUUAUGCACAUAAUGGUUGAACCAUAUGCCCGAUUUUCAAAAAUUAAGUACUGUUGGAUUCCUUGUAUCAAGUAGAGUUCGGACCAAGCCUCACAAAAGGUAUCUUUUGGAUUUUUGAUUUUCGAAACUGUUUGUCAAU